GAUUUAUCAGACGGGGUCUGACGUCAUACUGGUGCAAUAAACAAUUACCUUUGUGAUUUUCAUGUGACUAAACCUCUUUUAUUUUUCCAGAUUAUUAUAUGACGGAUGGAGUUGGCCUCCUCCCUCUCUUUUUCAGAGACUCACAAUGAACUGAGCCUAUGAGAGCAAAAAGGAAAAAGACUCUUUGAAUAAAUAAAAAAAAGGGAGGUGAAACGAAAGAGAGAAAGAUAAAAAAAAAACAACCUGGCCGUGAAACUGGGGCUUCCACAAUGAGUAUCGAUGCGAUGACGAAGUUUUGUGGCACUUGAGAGAAAGAGCAAGUGAGAGAGAGAGAUAGAGAGAGAACGAUCCCUCCCAGAGUUGCAGAAGCAGAGGUGCCACUUCCUAGUUGAGAAGUCUUCUUAUUCCUCCUCCUCCUCCUCCUCCUCCUCCUCCUCUUCUUCUUCUUCCUCCUCCUCCUCCUCUACCAACUCCUCUUCUUCUUCUUCCUCCUCCUCCUCCUCUUCCUCUACCAACUCCUCCUCUUCUUCCUCCUCCUCCUCCUCCUCCUUUUUCUUGCAGUCCCAUCUUUACCUUUCUCCCUUUUCUGGUCAUCUGAUGCUCCACAUUUGAAGACAUAGUGUAGCAGAACUGACUGAAAGAUUUCGCACCGGACGCAUGUUCUUGUGGGUGGCGAUCUGUAGUUCCACAAGGGGCUGCUGCCAUUCACCCCCUGACCUCCAACUCCAUCAUCACCUCCUCCCUUGGAAGCGGUCGUGGUGGCGAGGGGGAAAGUGUUGUUGGUGAAUGUGAGGGAGUCCGGUCCGAAGUAGCAGCGACACCUCUCGUCGUCAAGAUGGUGCCGUGAUGCUGAGCGGCAGGUGGUGCGCCAUCUCGCCUGCCGCCUCCUGCUGCGCCUGCUUCAGUGGCGACCUCCUCCGCCUUCCCUCCUUCCUCCUUCUCCUCCUUUGUUUCAUAUCCCUCUAACAUUUAGUCCACCUUCUGAGCAUUGCCCUUUCCCUUCUUCCCUCUUUCCUUGCCGCCCCUCCCGGCCUCUUCCUCUUCCUCGUCUGCGCCCUUCUGACCCUCUGCCUCCCUUCCCUUCUCUCCUCUUCGCAUUUGCUCAUCCUGCCAAAGGAUGCGGUCCACUCUAAGGGUCGGCGGGGGCGGCGGAACCUCCUCUACAUCCUCGGUCACAGCAGUGUCCUCCGCCAGAGCGAUUGGCGGUGGGUCUAAGUGACUAGGAUUGGGGACGUCCCGUAGGGGGGCGCGCGACCCCCCUAAUAUUGGGGGGCGCGCCUCCGGAGGUCGCUAUGUGCGGGGUUGUUUGCGCGUGGUGCAGGUAAGUGCGCGCUACCUCAUCUCAGCUAGUCGCGCACCCACUACCAUGAUGCGAUCGAAAAAGAAAGAAGGAGCUAUUAAGGGGACUAACCGCAAGCUGGACAAGCGGUCCAGCCGGGGGGUGAUGUUCGAGAACGAAGAACUGCGCCUGCGCACUAUUGAGAUCAAUGCUGAAGUGGAUCGAGGCCAGUCUGACCUACGGAAGCUCAAGAAGGAAAACGAAACGCUGAAGCAACAAGUAUGGACACUCCGUGAUGAAUACGACAAGUUGGAGAGCUUCGUCAAAAAUAUGGAUGAUGACAGUGAUGACGAAGGUGAUGAAGAUGAAGAUGAUGACGACGAGCUUCAACCUCCCAGCAGGUACUGUAGGUCUAAAAUUACUGAGGAGGAUGCAGAAAAUGAUGAUGAGGAGGGAAAUGUUGAGACAGACAAUUUGGAGAACUUGCAAAAAGUGUACAGCGGGAAGAUGCAGAGUGUGGAAUAUUCACUUCGUCAGGCUGCAGCCACAGUGGAAGGUAGCAGUAGCAGUGUAAGUGCCAUGGGCAGCGGUGGAGCAUGUAGUCAAUCUCAGUGUGGGGAAAUAAGUGGUAUUGGGUUGGCUGCUGCAUGUCCUCCCCCAGUAGUAGUUGAGGGUCUCUCUCAGCCUGGUCAAGUACGUGUUUGUGUUCAACCUGAUUCGGUUGCAUCUUCAUCUGUCUCUUCAACUCACUAUGUAUCAGACACUGCCUCAGUCAGCCAUCCCAAACCAUUACAACCAAUUCAAGGAGAUAAUUAUAUGUCUGAGGGAGAGCAUUUCAAUCUUGAUCAACUCCUAGAUUUUGCAUCUUCAUUUCAUUAUGACAAAAGAAACUACUUGACAGAAGAACCCAUAGCAAUGGCUCUCCCCACAGAUGAGGAACGUCCCUCCUCCCCAUCAAGAGAUGAUACUGGACCUGACCCUGGUUAUUCAACAGUCAGAAGGAGAUCAGCAACAGUAAUUGAGAAAUUAAAGAGUGGCAAUACUGGUUCUUUAGUGAAGGAAGUUAAACAAUUGUCUGUCACUGAAACACCAGAGGUUUCCCACACAACGACAGUUACUUACACCAGGUCAUCUUAUUAUUUCUCUGGAUCAUUAGAUGGCAGUCGAAGUCAAUCCCUUGGAGCAGGCCUCAAUGCCGCUGCCGCCAAUGUAGCUAGAACACCAGGGAGCCCAAUAGGCCCCCUCUAUGCUUCCAGCAGUGCCUCCAACAUCGGCACUUCCUCUUCCUUGGAGGCAGGGCUGCCCUUGGUUUCUGUGUAUACUCCUCGGUCUUCCCUUGUAAGGCUCAAUAGUAUAGAACCAAACACUAUUAUGCUGUCUGUAGCAGACAUGCCUCAACUUUGGGACAUAACAACACAAGAAAUUAUUGAUGAAUUAGAACAGCAAGCAGAGGGAACUUUGGUAGCUAUUCGAGGUGUUCGUGUUGUGGGAAGAGCAGCAUAUAUCAGCUUGGGUCGGCGUGAUGCCCUUCAGCAACUAUUAACAAGUGGUUUGACAGUAAGGGGAGGCAAGGUACCUCUAAUUGACAUUACCAGAGAGUCAGUAGUGCUAGCACUAACGGGAGUUCCACAUUAUAUUGCGGAUGCCACUUUAGUCAUUCUGUUAUCGGCCUUUGGCACAAUCAUUGGUGAACUCGAGCGAAGAUUUUAUAAAGGUGUUGAUACAGGUGAGAGAUUUGUUCGUAUGAAACUCAAGAAGCACGUGAAGCUUCCUAAAUACGUGACUGUUGGGGGAUGUCGUAUUGUCCUCACAGUCCAUGGGCGCGAUGCCCCUGCCCAAUUGCAUGUACCUGACUGGAGUGGCAAAAUAACAAGUGCUCCCCCUCCCACACCCCAUGGGGGAAGUGCCCCACAUCCAACCGAUGUCCCUCAUACGGAUUUAACGACUCCCAUUUCACCAGACAGUGGUCAGUGUUCAGAACCUUCUUCAAGUGAUAAAUCUUGUGAGCGUGUUGACGGGAGAGAUUUAGUUGGUGGAAUACGUUCUGAGGCCAAUAUACAAACUGAUUCCCGUAUGGCCCCAAAACCCACAAAAACAUUUUCUAGCCGGUGUAUAGUAAACUUAAAACUACCUGAAAGACCUUCACCCACCAGUGGUUUGCCUCGCACACGUGAUGGCAGUAUCCCCCGUGACCCAGGGGGUCCUGGAGGAGGUGGAGGUGGUUUAGCAGUCAGUACUGGGAACACCUCCACUCCUUUAGGUGCUGGACACCUGCUUCGAGCGGGAUCUCUGUAUCGAAGUAAUCGAGGUGGAGAAACACCCACCACCCCAUGUAGUGUUAGUGGCGGAUCCCCUGUCGGUGGACGGCGUAUUCCACGCAUUGUUUCCUCUGACCCUAGGGGUCCAGAAUCCCCUCGCCCUCGACCCAACUCCGUUGUGUUCGAAGAACAGCCUCGGGAGGUUCCUAGUGGGCCACGGGGGUUGUUAACACCCCAGUUCCAACAGCACCAUGGUCAUCCAAGUUCUUCUUGCUCUGGACCAAUGCCCUUAGCUAAUGGUAUUUUGAGGAAGGCAUCUGGAUCAGAACAAGAAGCACUCUUACCUUCCAGCCACAGUCUGCCAGCCUCCAUUAGGAACCGCCUGAAAAUAGGUCGCAGUAUGUCAUGUGAUGCUGGGAGGCAGAAAUUGGCAGCAGAGAAGGAGAAAAAGAAACUGAGCAAGAUGGAGAGCAUCAGCGAAAACACACUGAACGACGACGUGAGUGACAUCACGCCGCUAGGUGCUGGUGCUCGAAGGGACUCCGAGAAGAGUUCGGUCAGUGCCAAUAGCAAAAGCAGCAGCAAUACCAACAAAAAGAAAGAGCCUGCCAUAGACCUACCAUGGUGCGGGUGCUGGGGCAACGGUUGCUUUUAGUGGUUAGUCCAAAACAGAUUUAAAAUCAUUAUCAUUAUUAUUAUUAAAUGAAUUACUGUAAAAACAAAAACGUUAUAAAAACACUGCUAUCACUUCCAUCCUUUAUAUUUAUCUUUUAAUUUUCUAGUUGAUAUUUCCCUUGCUACCUGUUGUUAGUAUUCAUCAUGUAGUUCUCUAAAGAAGAUUGACUAUAAAAAAAAUUUAUGAAACUAGUCUUGGUACUGAAACGAAUUUCAAAGUAAACACAAGUUAUAUCUUAACUGGUUCUUGGUGUCUGUACUUGAAGUGAUCUCUUAUUGCUAUAGUAAUAAUGAUUGUAUGAUUUUCAAAUUGUGGUUUUGAUUGUAAUUCGUUCACAGUGCUAAUCAAAACGUAAUCAGUCAGUCAGUGUGUUGGCGUUAUGGAAAGAGGGAUUGAGAGAUUUCCGGAAAAAUUUUUUCCUUGUUCUAGAAUACUGAGGGCCUUGAUUCCUCCCGAAAUUCAGCCAUUGGUGAUACAUGCCAUGGAAUGUUUCUUCUUUCCUCAGGGAAUAAUUACUUCGAUUUUCUUCUAAAAUGUAUUCUUAAAAUUCUUAAUGCUUGUAAUUAUUUAAUAAAUCUUGAGUUAUGAGAAAUGGGUUGUGAGCAGCUGUGAGUGAGAUGAAUAAGUAAGACUGGUGCUUAUCGACGAGUGUAAUCAUUGACAUGAAGUAUUGUUUUUCCUCCAAAGAAAAUGAAACACAGUGUCUAAAAAUUUCCUUUGAAGUAUGUUUUUUAAAAUCAUUGACAAUUCCUCUGGUGUUUCUAUUUUUGUGGGUUAUUUUUUUACACGCAGAUGAGAGUUUUUACAACCUGUUUUCAGGAAACAGGAGCUGAUAGGUAGAGAUAUUACAAGUAGAGGUAUAUUAGUGUUAAGGAGUAGACAGUCGUUUUUGUAGAGAUAAAUUUGUAAAAGGUAUCAAGAGACUAAUGAGAGACCUGUUGAAACACACCUAAGCCUACUUUUGUGUACUAUGUAGUAUUUAAUAAAGAGAGUAUGACUACUGCAGGUUGCAUGAGAAAGCAAGAUAAAUGGAAAAGGGUCAUUGUUAAAGGUGGAAAAAUAGCAGUCUGGCUGGUUGGGACAGAAGUUCAAAGCAGCCAAGUACCGUAGUAUCACUUAAGUAAGUUGUCUUUGGAAUUUUCCCAGGAGGGAACCAACACCAAAAUGCCAGAACUUUUCUCAGUCCAACUUCGAUUCACUCAUGUAUGGAAAACUAUACCUCUCCAACCGUACUACCUUCUUUCUUCUGUCUGGAAAAGUCUCAAGGUGGCAGAGAGGGAGGUUUUGGAAACGCAGGGAUGAAUUUGGCUCAAGUUUAAUGGAAGAGGGAAUAGGGUGGAGACAAGGAUACUGGAAGCUGAGAAGAUGUAAGUUAUAUAUGAAUUUAUUUCCUUCGUUGUGAGUUAACAUUGGUUCAAGUGAUAUAAAGCAAAUAACUUUCUCCACACAAAUUAUACGAGACUGAAGCAAGAUAAUAUGCUAUUAUAUUAGUUGUGGUAGUAGUGCCACGCUUUUUUGGUAUCAAAUUAAUUGAAGUUUAGUCUUUCCAAAGCAUUAUAUAGAUAAGGACAAUGUUAUGAAUGACCGAAAUGGGAUCUCGUGACCCCAAAAUGCCUAGGUAGGUCAUUCGUAGAAAGGUUACUGUGACCAGAACCACGAGAUGCAGUUAACUUGUUGAAUUUGAAUCUGUCUCAAGCCGCAAAGUUAAAUAAACAGUUAAUACUU